AUGGCAUCGUCAAGUCGAGUUUGUGUAAAUGAUCCGAACCAUUUUUGCUUCAUUUGCGGAGAGUAUAUGUUUAAAGAAUGCCGUUUAAAUGUGACAGCCUUCGUAAAUGAGGCUUACAAAAAUUACUUUGGUCAUCCACUGGAAAUGAAAAAUAAGCCUUGGAUUCCGCAAAAGGUAUGCAAAACGUGCGUUGAGUUUCUACGUUUGUGGACAAAUAAGAAAAGGAAUAAAUUUAGGUACCAAACCGCUAUGAAAGAACCCAUGAACCACCACGACGAUUGUUAUUUUUGUUUGGUGAACACUACUGCCAUUAACCGAAAAAAUCGAGCUAAGUGGGAAUAUCCUUGCAUACGGUCGGCAUAUAGACGUGUUUUGAGCCCUAACAUAUCCCCUGAACCUCAAGCUGGUGCACCACAGGAUGAGCUUGUGCAUUUAGAGGCAAAUACACACAGUAGUGAGAGUGAGUUUGAAUGUGACCUGGAUACACCAAAACCAUUCAACCAAGAUGAAUUAAGCGACCUUAUCAGAGAUUUGGGACUGCCAAAGUCUGCUUCAGAGCUUUUGCCGUCUAGGCUAAAAGAAAGAAACUUAGUAACAAAAGAAACUAAAAUUUAUUAUUACCGCACAAGAGAACAAAAUCUCCUCAAAUAUUUUGCUGAAGAAGAUGACUUCGUAUUUUGUAAAGAUGUACCUGGAUUAAUGGCUGCAAUGGCAUUACAAAAUUACGUUUCUAAAUGUGAUAAACCCACCUUUAGUAUCAAGGGAUCGUAUAAUUUUGCCUCCCUUACAUAUAAAACUAGGACUAAUAAAACAAUUUGUAAAAAGCCUUGACAAAAAUGGAAAUUGUUUCCUUUCCACAGAUACGAUCACUAAUAAAAGAUGCGAAUUUUACGGCCAACAUGACAGAUAAUGAGAAAAAUGCAUGGAAUGAGUUUGUCUGGCUUGUUCAAAAUUUUUUGGGAAAUAAGAAAAAUUCUGACUAUUCUCAACACAUUGACCAACUAAUGAGUCACUUUCAAAGGCUUGGAUGUAACAUGAGCAUCAAGUUACACUUUCUCCACAACCACCUGGAAUAUUUUCCCGCCAAUCUUGGGGAUCUAAGUGAAGAGCAGGGUGAGCGAUUCCACCAGGACAUUCGUACGAUGGAAGAACGCUAUCAAGGCUACUGGAACGCACACAUGAUGGCUGACUAUUGUUGGAGCAUUCAGAACAGCUCUCUGCCAUCACCUUCAAAAAGAAAAUCAAAUAAAAGGAAUUUUUUCCAACUUAA